AUGGCGACGAGCCCGCCUCCGCCGCGCCGCUCCCGCCGGACGCUGGAGCUGCCAGACGACGUCAUGGAGGAGAUCUUCCUCCGCCUACCGGCGGACAACCCCGCGAGCCUCGUCCGCAUCGCCGGCGGCUGCAAGAGCUGGCUGGCCAUGGUCUCCGACCCCAACUUCGCCCCCGCCUACCGCAGGCUCCGCGACGCGCCGCCCAUGCUGGGCUUCCUCUACAACUACCGCUACACCGACGAGGGAGCGCCCUACUGGACGUCCCACUUCCGCGCCGCCGCGGCCCUCCCCCAGCGGGUGCGCCGCGACCGCAAGCACUGGCGCGCUCUCGACUCCCGGCACGGCCUCGUCCUCUUCGACGCCCCUGAGAGUAACGGCCGCCUCGUCGUCUCCGACCUCGUCACCGGGGAGCACUGGAGAAUCAACGCCCACAUAGCGUCCCCGGAUGCGUGUAAUGUUGCAGUGCUCUGUGCCAAGGACGGAUGCAACCACCGUGAUUGCCAUGGCGGCCCUUUCCUCGUGGCCUGCGUGGUCUCCGUCGUGGCAGGGAACCGGAGGAUAGCCAGCGCCAUGUUCUACUCAUCAGUUACUCGCAAGUGGAUUGGCCCGGCCUUCCUCGAGCACCCGAAUGUCAUCGAUGGCAGGGGGCACAGUGCUGUGCUGGGAAAUAAGGUCUAUGUCCCCUGUGUGAAGGAUGGCAGUGUCGUGGAGUACAACACGUCUGAGAACAAGCUAUCUGUGAUCAAGGCGCCAUUUGAGGUCCAGGACCAGAAGAUUGAGCUCAUGGGGGUGGAGGACGGAAUGCUGCUGUUUGCGUCUGUGGUGAAGCCUAGACUCUACCUAUGGUCAAUGGAGGCUGGUCCCAGGGGAGCUGCGGGACGGGCACGAAGCAGGUUCAUCGAGCUCGGGCCGUUGCUCCCUAGUACUGUCCUCGUGGACAACACCGAAGUGUCGGCGGUUGGUUUUGCGGAAGGUGUUGGUAUCAUCUUCAUCAAGACAAGGGUUGGGUUGUACACAAUUCAGCUCAAAUCAAAACAAAGCGACCAGGCAAUAAGGUUGGUGCACAGAGGGUACAUCAAUAAGGUCAUACCCUACAUGAGCUUCUACACUGGAGCAUGGGGGCCUUUGCCAGCAUCUGAUGAAGCUUAA